CCCACCCACACCAUCACCACAACGCGCCUCAAAUCUUGGGUAAUAGGUUGAUUGUUGGACUACCCGCCCGGCGCCCUCCUUCAUUCCCUUUCCUGCCUGUGAAUCUGAAUAUCCUCAUUUCGUGCUAUUCCCCCAUCCCUCCAUUCCCCCAUUCCCCCGAUGCCGGGAGCACAUUGGCUGAGGCCGCAGCCUCUACUCCGUACACCUCCAACGUGACAAAGACUCCAUCGCCAACAUAAAAAUUGCAUUCCAAGACAAUAAUAGUUCGAGCUGAUUCAUAAAUUCUCCUUUCGGCCAUCGGAAUCUUCAAUAUUUCCCGUCAUGGCAAAUCGAUUGCUUCUUCCAUCACACACCUUCCCCGCAUAAAGGGCUUCUAGAAAGGGAAUCCUCAUCUCGCUCCAUUCAUGCUCAAUUCAUGCACCGCUUGCAGCGCAUCCGUGGCAUCUUCAACCUCGUCCCCACGUCUGCUUAACCCUAAGGAGCUCCAGCCUCAACACCACCAACCAAAUCCUGUGGUUGGUUCCGCAAGGCAGAACCCGGUCCCGGUCACUACGUUAGCUCAAGGAACACGCCCACCAGUGCCUUGCUCGCACAGGAACACACGAAUGAAUGCGCAGUUGAGACAUCUGUCCACCAAAACAAUCUCUUCCCGAGACCGCCGACCGCCCACCAGUGCCCAUCGCCAGGUAGCCGACAUCGAAACAUCGCAAUUCCCUUUAUUUCAUUCCUCCCUCCUCGCUCGUCUCGUGAAAGAUGUCCCCUCCGGAUGCCUCCAACGACAGCCAGUUCCACCAGAUGACCUCGCUCUUCUCAACCCUUGGGAGCUACAUGCGCACGCCCGUCCUGGUCUCUUCGGUACAUUCCUCCACUUCUUCUUGAUAGUUAUCUCGAGUGUCUUGAUAUCACCCGCCGCGCAUGUUAUACUCACACUGUCGCCAGGGCAUCGCUGCGCUACUGAGCUACCUGCUGUAUUUCAAGCAGAAGUUGGUCACUCCAUCUGUCUGAGUGUGUCACGGUGCUAACUCGUUGCUUGUCAGAGCUCUGAUCUACCCCUCCCAUAUACCGAACCUUUCUCGUACCGAACUUUCCCGGCCCAGUCAAUAUGGUAUGACAGAUUUUGAGGAUCUCAUGAUCCCGACUCCAGAUGGCGAAAAACUCUCAGCCUUCUAUAUACGGGGUCCCAAGGGGCGAGCGCAUACCAACACCACGGUGUUAAUGUUUCACGGAAAUGCGGGAAACAUUGGCCAUCGAAUACCCAUAGCAAGAAUGCUCAUCCAGCGCAUGGGAUGCAGCGUAUUCAUGUUGGAAUACCGUGGCUAUGGCUUAUCAACAGGUUCGCCAGACGAGGUGGGUUUAAUGAUUGAUGCGCAAACGGCAUAUGAUUACCUUCGUAAACGAGCAGAAACAAGGGACAAUGAUAUCGUGCUUUUUGGGCAAAGUCUUGGUGGUGCUGUAUCAAUACAACUGGCCGCCAAGAACCAGCAUGACAAAAAGCUUAUUGGGUUGGUGUUGGAAAAUACUUUCUUGUCAAUGAGAAAGUUGAUUCCUUUGUAAGUUCCGAUAUCGCAAAAUUCCCAAUUUUUUUCACGCUAAUUUUCUUAGUCUUAUCCCACCAGCGAAAUAUUUAACCUUGCUCUGUCACCAGCUCUGGGCUUCCGACACUCAUCUUCCUCUGAUCUCGGAACUUCCGAUAUUGUUUUUAUCUGGGUUACAAGACGAGAUUGUACCGUACGUUUACCACAAUUUUAUUGCUCCCUUUUUCCUUGCCUUGAAUGAUGACUCAAUUUCCAUCCACAAAACCUGACGUCCCUUCUGGGACUUGAUUAUCAUAACAUUAGAAAAUUUCUGACUAUCUUCCUCAAUCACUGCUUCUAUAAUUAUCAGUUUGUGCCGAGCAAUACUGACAAGUUGCCUACAGACCACCACAUAUGCGCCGUCUAUUCGAGAUUUGCCAAUCUCCAACUAAGGUCUUCAAAGCGCUUCCUGGGGGUGAUCACAAUUCGAGUGUUGUUGAAGAAGGCUACUUUGAAGCUAUAGAUGACUUCGUUGCGAAUUUGAGUACUAGCGAGAAGAGAGACGAGUACUAAAUUACUCUUGACAUCAGUUUCCAUCAAGAUUGUUCUUUUGUCCCAGCAUUUUUGAGCGUGGCGUUCUGGGAGGGGAUAGACAUUGAAUUGAAUGCGGGGUAUGCAUGAAAAAUUGAUACACGAUACAUCUUUGAGGCUUCACGGCUGGGUUGCGAAUGGUUCGUUGUGUUGCGUUGGUUGUGAAUAGGGAAUAGGAGAUUGGC